AUGUGGAUCGCCUUAGCAGCCUUAGCCACUGUCGGGGCCCAAGUGGUCCCCCAAAACGCUCACUGUGUCGUCUACACAGACAGCUGCGGACAGUUACUGGACACCCUCCCGGUGUGCCAAGAUUUUAAUCGUCAAGUGUGCAACCGUCCCGCCUGCAAGUUUAUCCAUCUCAGUGACGGAAACGUGGAGGUGAUCGAGAAUCGCGUAACCGUGUGCAGGGACGCAGUGAAGGGCGCGUGCAUGCGACCCCAGUGUAAAUAUUAUCACAUACCGGUCGCGUUGCCUCCAGCGCCCCUGAUGGCGAUCACAUCACCUGCGACACCCUAGUUACUUCUUCUCGUUUACCGGAUUUAUAUCACGACGAGGUGAGCAGAUAGAAACCUGCAGACAGAGUAACGGAGGAGCCAGAGAAAGGAAAGAACUUGAAAAACGAAAAAGAAGAAAGAACAAAAAAAAAAAAGGAGCAAACAGAAAAAGAACGAUAGUACUACUAGGAGGGAACGAGUAAAAGCUUCACGAGCGCACGUUUUGCCGUUUCACGAUCGACCCGAUUGUCGAGCAAGAUCGACGAGAAAAAAGAAGAGAAAAACAGACGGAUC